GGGAACCAGUAAAACAAAAGGGAAAAAGGCGGGCAGCAGCCCUGCCACUUCAGCGGUGACCUCAGAAGACGAAAGUCCCAACCCUCUUUCUCCUUCUAGCUAUAGAUAUUCUUUUCCUUGUCUUGCCUAACUCCAUCUCUAAUCUCUACCUCUAAAUCUCUCGCAACACAUCCAAAGAUUGCACGAAAUGGAGGCCAUCGAGGAUGUCGUGAUCAUCGGCGCCGGAAUAGCGGGGCUUGCGACAGCUUUGGGACUCCACAGGAAGGGAGUGAGGAGCUUGGUGUUGGAGUCGUCGGAGACGCUGAGGGCGGCGGGUUUCGGGCUGUCGAUAUGGACCAACGCUUGGAGAGCACUGGAUGCGCUUGGGGUGGGUGACUCUCUCCGGCAGAGUCAUGUCCGCCUACGAGGAGUGACCGCUAUUUCUGCCACUUCUGGAGCUAGAGCUUCAAACUCGGCAUUUAUGGCACAAGGGAAGAGUGGAGAGCAUGAAGUUCGCUGCUUAAGGAGGAAUAUGUUGUUGGAAACCUUAGAAAAGGAGCUACCACGCGGCACAGUUAGAUUCUCUUCGAAAGUUGUUGCAAUUGAGGAGGAUGGCUACUUUAAGCUCUUGCAUUUAGCAGAUGGCUCCACAGUUAAAACUAAGGUCUUGAUAGGUUGUGAUGGAGUGAACUCAGUGGUAGCAAAAUGGUUGGGCCUAAACAAACCAAUAUUUACGGGGCGUUCCGCUUCAAGAGGUUUUGCUGAGUUUCCUAAUGGCCAUGGAUUCAAACCCGAGGCUAUGCAAUGUUUUGGAGAAGGCUUUCGUACAGGUGUAUUGCCUUGUAACGAGAGAAUUGUUUAUUGGUUUUUUACUUGGACUCCCUCCGAGAAAGAAAAGGAAGUGGAAGAAAGUCCAACGAAAAUGAAACAAUAUAUGUUGAGUAAGUUGAAGCAUUCCAAGGUACCAGAAGAACUCAUACAUGGUAUAGAAAUAAGUGAACUCAGUGAUCCAGUCUCAGCUCCAUUAAGAUACAGAUGGCCAUUUUCUUUGUUGUGGGGGGAUAUAAGCAAAGGAAAUGUUUGUGUGGCCGGAGAUGCAUUCCAUCCCAUGACCCCUGAUUUAGGUCAAGGAGGUUGCUCAGCACUUGAAGAUAGCAUUGUUUUGGCCAGAUGCUUAGGUGAAGCCCUUCUAGGGGAACACGAUGGAGGAGCUAAAGGAGAGUACGACAAAAUUAAGGAGGGCUUGGAGAAGUAUGCUAAGGAGAGGAGAUGGAGAAGCUUUCAGUUGAUUACUAUAGCAUAUGUCUUGGGUCGUAUACAACAAAGUGAGAGUACAAUCGUGGGUUAUCUAAGGGACAAAUGGUUGUCUGGUACAAUGUCUAGGUUGCUCUUAGAAAGAGCUGAUUUUGAUUGUGGAAUGCUUUAAAGCUAUUAAUAUUGAGUUCCUUUAUGUCAUAAUGUAAUUGGAGGUGUUGUAGAAUUAUUAAUCGGUAUUUUUAUUUAUGCAGCAGAAUUUAAAUAAAAAGCUCUUUUUUGGGGUAUUAGUAGGCUAA